CACAUGAAGUCAUAUUAUAACAAUAGUUUCGUUCGUAUGAAAAAUAGUUGUAAAGUGCAACGUGUUUAGGAGCCGAUGCAAAACUGUCGUCUACGAUCUGGGCUCUUUUGAACAGCAGUCAAGACAUAGCGUAGUGUUGCAGAUGUUAAUGAAAACAAAAGGCCUCUUUGGAAAGGACUUUUAGGAAAUUUUAAUUUCUCUUUUUUGUCGCAAACGCGGCACCUACAGAUGCUUAUUUCGUUACUGUUGGAAAAAGUAAGUUGAAAGAAAGUUCAUCUUCGUCGAGCGUUACACGAUUGAUGUGCAAGUACCGCGGUGCCUUCAAGGAAAACCACCAAUAGCAUCUUCGCUACCCGGCUGAAUUACUGGAGGUGGCCGAUUGUAUGCACACCCGAUCAUAGGAAGACCUCUUGAAACGGCGGUCGAGAAAAGGCGGGAAGAGUCUACUGAGCAACGAAACCUUUUUAAUAAAGGUCUCCGGCCGAUUGUCUGUUCACUAGUUAUAUAAACAGACACAGAACACGUGGGUGGAUAUAACCUUAACAGAAUACCGACUCGCAGAAAUGCUGCACGUACGACGUCUUUUGAAUUCGACGGUUCCGCGACACCGAUUCGAUGUCCUUGUAGUCGGUGGAGGCCAUGCCGGCUGUGAAGCUGCUUCCGCCGCUGCGCGUAUGGGCGCAUCGACAGCUCUCGUGACACACAAGUUCGACACAAUUGGCGAAAUGUCUUGUAAUCCGUCGUUUGGUGGCAUCGGCAAAGGGCAUCUAUUACGCGAGCUCGAUGCGCUCGGAGGUCUGGCCCCCAACAUUUGUGAUUACUCCGGUAUAGGGUAUAAAGUGCUGAAUCGGCGGAAAGGCCCUGCGGUGUGGGGGCUACGAGCUCAGAUGGAUCGCAAAAUUUUCAAGGCUAACAUGCAGAAAACAAUUGAACAACAUCCGAAUCUUGAGGUGUACGAAGCUAGUGUUGAGAACCUUCGUCUCGAAGACGGAAAAUGCGCUGGUAUCGUGCUUGAAACGGGGGAGGAGGUUGAUGCACAGACGGUCGUUUUAACAACGGGCACCUUCCUCAAGGCGAUGAUUAAUAUCGGUGAAGAUAGUUGGCCCGCUGGAAGACUCGGCGAUAGGUCCUCGAUUGGCCUGGCAAACACACUGGAUAGAUUACGCUUCCGCAUUGGCCGGCUCAAGACUGGCACUCCCCCUAGACUGAUUAAAAGCUCUAUAGAUUUUAAGGAUUUGGAGGAAAUGGCCAAUGACAACCCGCCAGUGCCUUUUUCCUUUAUGAACGACAGCGUAUGGUUAACGGCAGAUCAGCAGGUAUCCUCGUAUAUGACCUAUACAACGGAGGAAAUAGAGAAAAUAGUCCUCGCCAACAUGCACCGAAACCGACAUGUCGCCGAAGAGAUUAAUGGGCCCCGAUAUUGUCCAUCGAUUGAAUCAAAAGUGAUCCGCUUUAGUGGGCGUCAGCACCAGGUUUGGCUAGAAAGUGAAGGCUUUGACUCGGACCUCAUCUACCCAAAUGGCAUCUCGUGCACACUCCCUGCCGAAGAACAAUUGAAGCUCGUGCAGUGUAUGAUGGGCUGCAAGAAGGCGGAACUUGCGAGACCUGGUUAUGGCGUUGAAUAUGAUUAUGUUGACCCACGCGAGCUCUAUCCGUCCAUGGAGACGAAAAAAGUGCCUGGCCUUUUUUUCGCUGGACAGAUCAAUGGAACGACAGGUUACGAGGAGGCUGCUGUUCAAGGAGUCGUUGCAGGUAUCAACGCCGCCCGCCGUGUGCAGGGCGAAAAUGCUGUCACGUUUAGCAGACUGGAAAGCAAUAUAGGAGUAUUAAUUGAUGACCUAACCACACACGGGACAAUGGAGCCUUACCGUAUGUUUACGUCAAGAUCUGAAUUUCGGCUUUACCUUCGACCAGAUAAUGCAGAUUUGAGAUUGACGGAAAAAGGAUAUAUAGCGGGAUGCGUGGACGAGAAGCGCUACUCCCGUCUUGUCGAAACUCGAACGAAGUUGGCUAAUGCAAAGCGGGCUUUACAGACGAAAAGGAUGGCAACAAAUCAAUGGGGAAAGUUGAUGCCUAAGAGUAACCUUUCAUCUAACUCCAAUAUGCGGUCUGGUUACUCGCUUUUGACGGUCGAUUCCCUGGACAUUGAGGAGUUGCUAAUGGCUUUUGACUAUCACCCUGAUAUAGUGGCAGUUCAACAGAAUCGCAAUCUGUUCCAUCGUUUGAUGGUCGAAGCAAUAUAUGAACCGUUAGUUGAGAAUCAGCUCGAUGAGAUCAAGACGUUGUCAAGUCAAGAAGAAGCGAAAAUUCCCGAAAAUAUCGAUUACAAACGCUUCAAUUUAUCGAACGAGAUUCGAGGCAAGCUCGAAGCCGCACGGCCGUCCACGAUAGGGGCAGCUUCGCGGAUACAGGGGAUGACGCCCGAUGCCCUACUCAGGCUUAUAGCGGCUUCUAAACAAAGUUCCUUGGUAUAAAAAAGGUCAUCUCAAACAAAUAAGAUUGUUUCGCGACUAAACACACGGCCUCUGCUGUAUUAGUUAUUUUAAGAUACGGUUAACUUAUUAUUGUCAUUAUUAUUAUUAUCACAGAGCGUCGUAGGUAAUAUUUUGCCGUCAAGGAUUAUAAAAACUGUCACAUUUUAAAGCAACUGUUUUUAUCUUGUCAUGGUCAAAUUUAUCUCGUUGAAGCGUGUGACUAUGAAUUACUGUACUGAACUUAUCAACGUUUUCCGUCGAAAGUGAAGAUCACUUUUGUGUGCAUAGUUUCUGACGGUAGUUCUGCUAUGAAAUCUAGCUAUUAGAUCAACUUCACUUGAUUUCCACGAAAGACGCGAAACUGACAAUUUUAAGCUUAUUAUUACGUUUUUGUCUAAAAACAUCAGAAAGUGAAUUUUGUUUUUAUUUCCUCCCUGUUUUUCUUUUACAGCAACAGAAUUUACCAAUCCAAAUUCUAGUCAGUAUCAGCCAUUGACAUUGUUUCAAGCCUUUGUUUUCUAUGUUUGGCUGUCAAUAGAAGCAGCAAAUGUUCUAAAGGGAACAAGAUUACAGCAGGGAAAAAGAUGGGUGGGCACGUUGUAGUUGUACAUAAAGAGUUUGAUAAAAAUAGGCGUGGACUUUUUUUGCAAAGUUUGAACUUUCGCUAUGCCCACUUGAAUCUAUAAUCUGGAUUGUUCUUUAACAGCCGACUCAUCGGUGUUUACUGAUAAGGCGUCGUGCGUCCUCAAAAUGAAGGUUGGACUCAUUUUCGUUAGCAGACUUUAAUUGUUGAAGUUUACCACAAUGAAGGGUUUGAAGUAUUGUGUUUUUGCCGUAAAAAUGUCGUCUGCUUAAAAAAUCUCAGUUUUAUUCUGUUUAUACUGGCACACUGACAUAAACUAUGCUCGAAAGCAGCCAAGUCUUUAAAUGCGUAUAUGAGAUUUUUGUAUAUGAGAGAGAUAUAUGAGAAAUUGUAGGCGAGUCUGUGAACGUCUUAAAAUAUUUAUCAUUAAUGUGGCAGGAGGAGGGGAGAUUGUGAAGAACUUGACCAUUGCGAUUUCUCCGUGAAUGAUGUCGUACAGCUAAGCAUUUACUUGAUUCUGGAUAGGGAAAUUGCAGUUAAGCUUUCCCUAAAUGGAUCUUUUGGUUUUUUUUAUUUACGAAACGAUUCAAUUGAAUUGACUCUGGUUGUACUUUAGUGGUUGGCCAGGAUAAUCAUUUGUAUCAUACGAUGAACUAUAUGCAAUAAAACACGGAUCUGUUAGCUA